GCGGCGGCCGCGCUGCUGCCUGCGAGCCGGCCCGGCAGCCGGGCGGUCGCGGGGCGCCAUGAAGCUGUACAGCCUCAGCGUCCUCUACAAAGGCGAGCCCAAGGCCGUGCUGCUCAAAGCCGCGUACGACGUGUCCUCCUUCAGCUUCUUCCAGAGGUCCAGUGUUCAGGAAUUCAUGACCUUCACAAGUCAACUGAUUGUGGAGCGCUCAGCGAAAGGCAGCAGAGCUUCUGUGAAAGAACAAGAAUAUCUGUGCCAUGUCUACGUGCGAACUGACAGUCUUGCAGGAGUGGUCAUUGCUGACAGUGAAUAUCCAUCCCGUGUGGCUUUUACCCUGCUGGAGAAGGUACUGGACGAAUUCUCCCAGCAGGUCGACAGGAUAGAGUGGCCGGUCGGAUCCCCUGCUACCAUCCACUAUGCAGCCCUGGACGGUCACCUCAGUAGAUACCAGAACCCCCGAGAAGCUGACCCCAUGAGUAAAGUGCAGGCUGAACUAGAUGAGACCAAAAUCAUCCUGCACAACACCAUGGAGUCUUUGUUAGAGCGAGGAGAGAAGCUAGAUGACCUGGUGUCCAAAUCGGAAGUGCUGGGAACACAGUCUAAAGCCUUCUAUAAAACGGCCCGGAAACAAAACUCAUGCUGUGCAAUCAUGUGACGGCAGCCAUCAGAGGCCCCUGCACUGGAACAUCACUGUCAUUCACAUCAGAACUGCAGCCUCCAGAGAAGCAGAGCCGCCAUGGAAAGACCUGGAGUGGGGACAGACUCGCAUUUUUCACUUUGGAGCUUCUAGGAGGAGCCAAGGGGUGGUGGAAGGGAUCUGGGGGUAGGGAACGUUCAAAUUCACAUGUCUAGCAAUUUUUGAAAAGAUCAUUUGAGGCCCCUAAAGGUGUAUUUUUGGGCCAAAUGAAACUAUAAACUCAGUGACUCCUGUAGCUGCUCAAGGGCUCGUCUCUAACCCCUGCACAGGCCCCCAGGAGGUCAGGGCCAGCUCGCUGUUGAUCCUCGUGUGCCUUUGGGUUUUAUUUGUACAUUAAUGUAUUAACACUCCAAUAAGAGAGUGUGUUCCCUGAUAACACACCUGGGCGCGGGGCAGCACUCAGGUGGGGCUCUCUUGGGAAAGCCACUCAGGGCCGCUGGGGCUGGGGGCUGAGCAGGGCAUGGGCCAGUACUUCAAGGCCGAGGCCUUGAUGGGGAGGACAGUCAUUGGGCUUCACAACUUCUGAGUGGUGUUUGCACUUCUGCUGAGGCUAGCUUCCUGCUGAGGGCAGGGCUCAUCUGGCAAGUUCCACAAAGAUGCCCAGGAGGUGUUUGAAGUCGGGGGGCACCUGCCCUGACUUGCAGUUUGGCUUUGAUCGUCUGGAUCACAGCGUGUGCUGCAGUCUCUCAGGACCAGUUUUCAUUUGCCUCUGGUAACAAGACUGACUUGGCAACCACCUGGGGCCUUGCAUGUCUUAGCAAGUGGCCUUUUCUGUGGCCACUGUUAAUGGGCACCAGGAGAAGGUGUCAGCUGGCCCGAGGACCCCCAACACCCUGCUUGUGGUCUGAGCCAGCAGCCCCCCAGCCCGACCCCAGUAGGAGCAGUGCUGAGCCCCCCAAGCAGCACGAGGCCUAUGGCCCUGAGGCCCAGCCCUGGACACAGGCAUGCAGGGCAGCCCAAGUGAUGGCCCAUGAGGUUCCGGGCCCCUCUCCCACUGCCCGGUCCCUCAGGUCUUCCUGCCAUGUCCACACAUGCCCUGCUGUGCUUCCUGAGGACACGAGCUCAAGAUGCGCCCUUGGAACCCUGUCCCCGCAGAAGCUCAUGCCAGGUUGGUGUCAGCUAGUGUAGUCUCGUCCUUGGGGGUCCUUCCUUGAGCACACUGGUUCUUGCCCUACCCGGGAGGUCCCACUGCCCCAACAGAAGUGCCAGCACCCCUGUAUUCUCUUGCUGGGCCCAGAGGUGGGAUCUGCGUGGCUUCCCAGGCCCCCACCUCUUAACAAGUUUACCUGCCCACAGCCCUUUUGUUCUGGGCACUAUGCCGUCAGGAUUUGGCCACCCCUACAGUAGGCUGCCCGUGUGAUUCUUCUGUUCUAGUUGACCCCCCACCCCAGAGGCGCAGACCCGGCCUGCUCACUGGCACCUGAGAUGGCUGCAACCUCCCUGACUGUUCCUUGGGAAUGAUUGGGCCACCUCUGACCUGACUCUCCUCCUCCCACUUUGGAGGACGCUGGGGAAGGGGGUAGAGGUGUGGACUGCGAGGAGGAGAGAGCGAGACCUCAGCACCUCCCCACGUCUGUCUGGCUGCCCUUCUGGCAGGGCAGCGAGGGUGGGGCUGGCUCAUGCCCUAUGCCUAGCAUUUCCCCUGCUCUUACUGUAUUCGAAUAUUAAAUCAUUUGGCAAAGUGUGUUUUAAUAACUUCUGCCUAACUUUUCUCUGUUCUGUUGGAGCAAUUCCUAUCUGGAUAAAGUUGUCUUUUGAAAUUC